AAGAGAGAGAAAGGGUUAAUUAAGGAAUGAAAAAGUAAAAAACAUUUUAACGAGAAAAACUGUAGACAGUGAAGAGAUUAAUGAUUUUUGUAAUCCUAAAUUUAUUACCGUAGGAACUAACUUUAACAUAGAACAAACUAAUAAGGAAGAUAAUUAAGAAUAAUAAUAAGAGAGAAUACUGGUUAGUGUAUUUUACUGGGGAAGAAAUUUGAAGUCUUUCUCUCUCUACUUUUCAUUUUUUUUUUCUUAAACACACUGACUCACCCACCCACUCAAUUCAUUGAUUCAUUCAUUCAUGGUUUCUCUGAGUUGGCUUGGCUAAUAAGCAGCUUUAAACAGUGAAACAAGGAAACCAGAGGUAAGAGAGAGAGAGAGAGAUGGGUUGUUGUCAAUCAUUGUUGUUGAGCCAAUCUCAGCCGGAGAAGAGUCCGACCCAACAUCUACAACAACAACAACAACAACAACAACACCCUCCUCCUUCAGUUGGGCCCGAGCCACUAACUGGGGUUGCCCCGCCUUUUACUGAGUUCUCCUUCUCCGACCUCAAAGCGGCUACCAACAACUUCAGCUCCGAAUUCAUCGUCUCCGAGAGCGGUGAGAAAGCCCCUAACGUUGUCUACAAGGGUCGUCUUCAGAACAGGUCAUGGAUCGCUGUAAAGAAGUUUACCAAGAUCGCUUGGCCUGAUCCCAAGCAGUUUGCGGAGGAAGCUAGUAGCGUGGGAAACCUUCGCCAUCGGAGACUAGCUAACUUGAUUGGGUAUUGCUGUGAGGGUGAUGAAAGGCUUCUUGUUGCUGAAUACAUGCCCAAUGAUACUCUUGCUAAGCAUCUUUUUCACUGGGAAAAUCAAACAAUUGAGUGGGCCAUGCGUUUAAGAGUGGCCCUUUAUAUUGCUGAAGCCUUGGAUUAUUGUAGUUCUGGGGGUCAUCCAUUAUACCAUGAUUUGAAUGCAUAUAGGGUUCUCUUUGAUGAGGAUGGUGAUCCACGCCUUUCAUGUUUCGGCUUGAUGAAAAAUAGUAGAGAUGGCAAGAGUUACAGUACUAAUCUUGCUUAUACGCCUCCUGAAUAUUUAAAAAAUGGAAGGGUCACUCCAGAAAGUAAUAUCUACAGUUUUGGCACCGUCAUUUUGGAUCUUCUAAGUGGCAAACAUAUUCCUCCAAGUCAUGCUCUUGAUAUGAUAAGAGAGAAGAAUAUCAAUCUUUUGACCGAUUCACAUUUGGAAGGCAAGUUUUCCACAGAGGAGGCGACAGUGGUUGUUAAUCUUGUCUCAAAGUGUUUGCAAUAUGAACCCAGGGACCGGCCAAACACAAAGGACCUCAUUGCAACACUUGCUCCAUUGCAUUCUAAAACAGAUGUUCCGUCUUAUUUAAUGCUUGGAAUUCCUAAGCAUGAUGAAGCUCCAUCAACCCCACAACGGCCACUUUCGCCAAUGGGUGAGGCCUGUUCCCGAAUGGACCUGACAGCCAUUCAUCAAAUCUUAGUUGCAACACACUACAAGGAUGAUGAAGGGACAAAUGAGUUAUCGUUCCAAGAGUGGACUCAGCAAAUGAGAGACAUGCUGGAGGCAAGGAAGCGGGGGGACUUUGCCUUUCGGGACAAAGAUUUCAAAACUGCCAUUGACUGUUAUUCCCAGUUCAUAAAUGUUGGAACAAUGGUGUCUCCAACUGUUUUUGCUAGACGAAGUCUUUGCUAUCUGCUAUGCGAUCAGCCAGACCCUGCUCUCCGAGAUGCAAUGCAAGCCCAAUGUGUCUUUCCAGAUUGGCCAACAGCUUUCUAUAUGCAAUCAGUAGCUCUGGCGAAGCUGGACAUGCACAAAGAUGCGGCUGACAUGUUGAAUGAAGCGACUACGUUAGAAGAAAAGAAGCAACGAGGAACUAGGGGAUCCUGAGAAUGACAAGCAAACCUGUUCGUUCAACACAAAUAGCACAAUGUUGUUUACUUGAGGCUGACCCAAAUUUGUAUAAAAUCUGAGCUGCAAAUCAUAAUUUGAUUGUUUUCUCAAUUGAAAUGUUUAUAUAUCUUAUUUAUAGAAAAAUAUCUUGUUUAUCAGCA